UAUAUAUAUGUAUGUCAUACGUGGCUAAUGUUUUGAUUCAUCAGCUACGUUUUCUUGAAAAGGGUGGGGGAGAGAGUUUUUUCAGAACAGAUGUACGGUAUAUCCAUGUUUGUGCUACCGUGCAAGUUUAUGUUUUCCCUUUUUUCUCAUUGUUGCAGUAGCUACCUAUAUAUGUACUUCUAACUUUAUUGGCUAUCAUGCAGUUUUGAGAAACUUGCAGGAAAAUCAAACGGUUGAAUGUACAAGCAAUGUUUUUUCAUAUUCGAUUACAGUCGUAGGGUAGACAUUAGUUGAUUUUUCUUGGGCCAUGUAGCGAGGUUAUUGCUGACUAUAGUUGUGUAAUCUGUGUGAUGCACUAUCGUGCUGCGAAUGAUUAUUGUUAUUGAAGACGGUACAUUUACUCCACGUUAGAUUACAGUAUUGAUUGAAAACUUAUUUAAUUAUAUUAUAUUCAGAGUUAAGUCAACGGCAAAUUAUCAAUUUAUAAAACAAACUGGCAUAUAUGCAAUUUGACGCGUGCAUUAAAAAGUGAUUUGAAAGUUAAGUAACCAUUAAAUUUGUCCUGGUAAUUCAGCUUACUCGUGAAAUUUCUGACCUUAUCUUAAUUAUACAAUGCCGUUUUUACUUUUAUUUAGCUUUAUUCAUCGAAAAUUCAAUGAAUAGAAUUUUUGUAAUUUUAUUUCAUAGUGAUUUAUUGAUAUUCAUGAUACAUGUUGUUCAAAAAUAAAGAUUAUGCUUAAUAACAUGAACAUAACUAUUAUUUAAAAAAAUGUUUGUCACAAUCAGAGUAUGGCACUAUAAUUUGUACAUGUUCAUUUAUUUCAAACCGCAAUGGCUAUCUUUAAAUUAAAGAUUUAGAUUAGAUUAAAUAUUUAUGAUAAUGUUGAUAUUAAUACCUGAUAAUACGUUAAAUUAUAUUGGAUACUUAUAUGCUAGCAUGAAAUUUUGUUUUGAAAGAAAAUUUAUUUACUCCAGCUAUCCUUAAUAUUUUUAGCUACAUUUGUUAGAAUAUUUAUUCAUGGCCUAGAAAAAACUAACAAAAAAAUGAAAAAAUAUUAUUUUUUUAAGAUUUUCAUUCAAUGUUGAUACAUACUAAAUAAACAAGAGAUAUGAAUUGAAAAAGAUGUGUUUAGGAAAAAGUAAAAUGCAAUCGGUGAAAACACCCAUUGUUCAACUGCAACUUGUUACAUAAUUGGCAGGAAUUAUGCUGGUCGACGACGUAAUCUACAUAGGACUGCUGCUUAGCUGCAUUGGUUUUGGUAAGAUUUAUCGUGGUAUAGAGUCGCCUCAGACGCGUCAAUGGAUUGGCACCGGCUUUGGUUUCAUCCUCACGGCCGUUGUUAGUGGAUACCAUGUUACCCAUUACCUAUUGUGCACCGUCGUCGUUGCACUGGCUGUUACCAGAUUGACGCCAAAGAUCUGCCAUCUAGUGUCCUUUUUCUUCUCGUUUUUCUACCUGCUGUUUAUCUUCCGUCUGUCACCGUGGUUCGGCCUAUCAACACCGCCUGGCCAUGCGAAUCUCAUUCAGAUGAUGCUCACGCUAAAACUCGCGGGUCUCGCGUUCGAAGUGAAUUCUGCUGCCACAGCCGUUGGCCAGGAUGAUCCUGAAGGACUCAACUCUGCUGCUUUGGCCAGAGUGGGCUUUAUGGACGUCUUUCAUUAUGCUUUCAGCUAUAUUGGGGUAUUGACCGGUCCCUACUACCGUUAUAGAACAUAUUGGGACUCGUUGCAUCGGCCAUUCGCGUUGAAAGCUGACCACUGGGCCCACACGUGUAAUAAACUCAUCCAGUCUGCCUGCUUUAGCGUCAUAUUCCUAUUAUCCAAUUACUACUUCCCCGCUAAGUACGCGCUCACUGACGAAUUCUCCGAGAGAUCGUGGUUGUAUAAGUUCGGAUAUAUCUAUCCGACUUUUGUCACCUUUCGCAUGAGGAUGUACAUCGGUAUGGUGCUGUCCGAGUGCGUUUGUCAAAUGGCCGGCUUAGGAGCUUACCCAACCAGCUGCGAGACUAUAUCUGGAUUGGGACCCAAAGACUAUAAAUCUGCCAUUGCACUCUCGAACGAUCCGUGCUCGAUGAAGCCGGAGGAUCUCGACUUUGAGACGGUGCACAACAUGAACGUGUGGGAAGUGGAAAAGUGUAUUCUGGUGCGUGAAGCAAUGAAAAAAUGGAAUACCUGCGUGCAGUACUGGAUGGCGGUGUGCGUGUACAAGAGAUUCCCUCAUAAAGGACUGAGAACUGCGGCGACUCUCACGCUCUCGGCUCUAUGGCAUGGAUAUGCACCUGGUUAUUAUAUUUGUAUCUGCCAGAUCACUUUCUUCCUGCCCAUGGAAGACAUUUACGUCAAAUUUUACAAGAACAGCAGCGACGGAAGCUUGAUGAAAACAGGGCUGCACUGCUUGCUAUGGUUUACUCGCAUAUCGUGCAUGUCCUACCUGGGCCUGUCAUUUCAGCUACUGGAGUUCCACGAGAGUUGGACAUUUUACAAGCGUUGCUAUUUUGCUGGUCAUCUCAUUGUACUCGUCCUCUAUGUGAUCGGCAGACUUGCCAAACCGUACGUCCUUCAAGCACAAAAGAAGGACAGCUAGAACGGCCA